AUGGACGAGCGCCGGAGCUUGCUCUACUCUCCGGCCGCCUCCUCCGCCGGCCGGCAGCCGCGGGGCGGCUCGACCAGCAGCCACCACAACCUGGGCUACACCGAGCAGCUGCCCCCCGCCGCCCCCCAGCCGGGCCCCGAGCAGCAGGAGGAAGAGGGCGAAGAAGGGGAGGAAGGCAGCAUGACCGUGGUGGGAGGCGGCGGCGGCGGAGACCCUUUGCUGGAGGAGCCUCAGCAUCCUCCUGCGCUGCUCGGGGGGGACCGCUACGAUCAGCCCCCGGCGCCGGCCGUGCCCGCCGGGCAGCCCGCGGACGCUGGGGAGCACGAGUGCUGCGAGCGCGUGGUGAUCAACAUCUCGGGGCUGCGCUUCGAGACCCAGCUCAAGACCCUGGCACAGUUCCCCGAGACGCUGCUGGGGGACCCCCGGAAGAGGAUGCGCUACUUCGACCCCCUCCGCAAUGAGUAUUUUUUCGACCGUAACCGUCCCAGCUUCGACGCCAUCCUCUACUACUACCAGUCGGGCGGGCGCAUCCGGCGUCCCGUCAACGUCCCCAUCGACAUCUUCUCCGAGGAGAUCCGCUUCUACCAGCUGGGGGAGGAGGCCAUGGAGAAGUUUCGGGAGGACGAGGGUUUCAUUCGGGAGGAGCAGCGGCCGCUUCCUGAGAAGGAGUUUCAGCGCCAGGUGUGGCUCCUCUUCGAGUACCCCGAGAGCUCUGGGCCGGCCCGAGGCAUUGCCAUUGUCUCUGUCCUGGUCAUCCUUAUCUCUAUUGUCAUCUUCUGUCUGGAGACCCUGCCUGAAUUCAGGGAUGACCAUGACUAUGAGGGAACUGGGGGAACCUUUGGGACAGGCGGCGGCCCUCUCCCACCUGAUGUCUUCACCAACUCCUCAUCCUCGCCUGCUUCCAUGGUGUCAUCCUUCACCGACCCUUUCUUUGUGGUGGAGACUUUGUGCAUCAUCUGGUUCUCCUUUGAGCUGCUGGUCCGUUUCUUUGCCUGCCCCAGCAAGGCCACCUUCUCCAAGAACAUCAUGAACAUCAUUGACAUUGUGGCCAUCAUCCCCUACUUCAUCACACUGGGCACGGAGCUGGCUGAGCGGCAAGGCAAUGGCCAGCAAGCCAUGUCCUUGGCCAUCCUCAGAGUCAUCCGCCUCGUCAGGGUCUUCCGCAUCUUCAAGCUCUCCCGGCACUCCAAGGGGCUGCAGAUCCUGGGGCAGACCCUCAAGGCCAGCAUGAGGGAGCUGGGCUUGCUCAUCUUCUUCCUCUUCAUCGGCGUCAUCCUCUUCUCCAGCGCCGUUUACUUCGCGGAAGCCGAUGACCCCAGCUCGGGGUUCAGUAGCAUCCCUGAUGCCUUCUGGUGGGCCGUGGUCACCAUGACCACCGUGGGCUACGGGGACAUGCACCCCAUCACCAUUGGGGGCAAGAUCGUGGGGUCUCUGUGCGCCAUCGCGGGGGUGCUGACCAUCGCGCUGCCCGUGCCCGUCAUCGUCUCCAAUUUCAACUAUUUCUACCACCGGGAGACAGAAGGUGAGGAACAAGCCCAGUACAUGCAUGUCGGGAGCUGCCAGCACCUCUCGUCCAGCGAGGAGAUGAAGAAGGCUCGCAGCAAUUCCACCCUCAGCAAGUCCGAGUACAUGGUGAUUGAGGAAGGGGGGAUCAAUCACAGUGCAUUCAAACAGGCUGCCUUUAAAGCAGGCAACUGCACAACCACAAACAAUCCCAACUGCGUGAACAUCAAAAAGAUCUUUACAGAUGUUUAAAACAAACCCAAACCAAACGAACAGCAACAAAA